GUUUACUAUGUUUUAAAUGCCACAUUUCUUAGCAUUCAAAACCUUUGACGCGUUUUAAUUGCGCAACGCCGAGCGAGUGUGUGACGUCACCAGACUAGUCAGGAAGUGUUUAGUCGCUGAUAGUCAGCUGACCGAGCAGCAGUCGCUAGCUUUUCACGUCGGUCAAAGAUGGCCUACCCAAAGUCCCACAACCCGUUUGCAGACGAUGACGACGACGAGGACUUCCGGUCUAAAAACAAGGGCUUCGAUGGCGCUCCUGAAGACAGCGGGAUGAGCGAUGCAGAGAGGAGACAACAUUACCUCCAGCGGGAAGUGAUGCGUACCGCUCAGUCUGCUGUCGACAGCAGCUACCGCUCCAUUGGUCUCAUUCGGGAAUCUGAGAAGAUGGGUGUGGAAACAGCAGAGGAACUGAUGCGUCAGGGCGAAGUUCUGAAAAGAACGGACAAAAUGUUGGAUAACAUGGAGCAGGACCUGAAAACCAGCCAGAAGCACAUUGCCAGCAUCAAGAGUGUUUGGGGCGGACUGGUCAAUUACUUCAAAGGCAAACCUGAGACAAAACCACCACCAGAGCAGCCCAAGGCCUACGAGGCCAAUGACAGAUUAGAGAGUGCCUUGGCUACCAGUAGAGAGCAGGAAGACAAAUACCAAGCAAGUCAUCCCAACCUAAGAAAGUUGGAGACAGGAGGGUUUGGAGCCAUGGCAUCAGUUGACGGCGGCUUAUCCAGACAGAAUGGACAUCCUCAAAACAGACACCUUCGAGAAGCACACCAGACCUUGGACAGAAACUUAGAUGAAAUGUCGGAUGGGUUGAGUAGGCUGAAGAAUCUUGGAUUGGGUCUCCAGUCUGAGAUUGACAGCCAGGACGACUCAAUUGAUUCUCUGCUGAACAAAGUGGACAAGAUGGACAUGAAGAUCAACAACACAAACCAGCAACUUAAGAAGCUCAAAUAGAAGAAACUCUUUGGACUUUGGAGCUCCUAAUGAGUCGUCAUCUCACUAAGCUUCCAUCCGAGCCCAUUCAUGAAUAAACUCACAGAUUUUUUUUUAAA